AUGAAGACCUCGUUCGCCCUUGCUUCUUUGCUUUCCGUCGUUGUUGCUCGUCCAGCAACUCUCGCUAGAGAUGCAGCCGUCCCUGCAGACGGAAGCCUGCCUGCCGGCUGGAAUUUUAUGAACUACAGGGCUGAAUGCAUCCCUCGCUCGACUUGUUCCUACUCAAUCGACGUGGUGCCAGCCAAGUCUACGGCCCCGAUCGCUCACUGCAGCGCUUCUGGCCUGGCUCCUCUGGGGACCAACGGCCUGCCUACUGUGGCAUCACGCACGUGCGAUGACAACUCUUUCUUCGCCUGGGCUGUCUAUUCCCGCCCUGGUGACGGUCAGGCCGUUCAAGUCAUCGAGCGCCUCAAUGCUACCACCUCGAUUGUGGGAACCCAUCAGAUCUCUCAGGAGGAGCUUCAGCUCGUGAUGAACGGCGCUGCUGGACGCCAGAAGUACAUUGGCCCAGAGACCGUCACGGUCCCCACCGUCUGGGGUCAGUAG